GGCGCCCAUUAUUCGCUAUGAACGCAAUUCUCGCACGAAAGCUUCUUCAGUUCAGUACGACUACUUCGUCGUCCACGACGGUGUCCGCGGCAACUUUCACGGGUUCUUCUAACCCUCACUUCUAAAGUUGUCUUUCCUUUUGUCAUGUCAUUAGCCUCAAGACGGGUUGCCCGGUUAGCGGCAUUUUCUCUUCGUCGGAGUGCCCACGCAUCUACAUCUGCACGAUAUAACUCUGUAAACGCGGACGACAUUGCACACUUCUCCAAGUUCCUACCUACUUCGACCAUCUUAUCCACUUUGCCUCCUCAGUCUCUCCCGUCUUCGGAAUUGUCGCCAUUUAAUGAUGAUUGGAUGAACAAGUAUCACGGGCAGUCCACUACAGUUGUGCGACCACGAAAUGCGCUGGAAGUAAGUGAAGUUGUCAAGCGUUGCAAUGAACGUGGCAUUGCUAUAGUUCCUCAAGGCGGAAAUACUGGUCUUGUGGGAGGUGGAGUGCCGAUCAAGGAUGAACUACUUAUUAACCUGGGCAAUAUGAACAAAGUGCGCUCUUUCGACCCAGUAUCGGGUAUCCUAGUGGCAGAUGCUGGCUGCGUUUUGGAGUCACUCUCUGAAUAUUUGGCACCACAUAACCAUAUAAUGCCACUUGACCUUGGUGCAAAGGGCAGUUGUCAGAUCGGUGGAAACGUCUCCACUAAUGCUGGUGGUCUACGUUUGCUCCGCUAUGGCUCUCUUCAUGGUUCAGUCUUAGGACUUGAAGUUGUCCUGCCUGAUGGAACUAUCCUCGACCAGCUCUCGACACUGCGCAAAGAUAAUACCGGCUAUGAUCUGAAGCAGCUCUUUAUUGGAGCCGAAGGUACCUUGGGUAUCGUCACCGGUGUCUCAAUUCUCACGGCCCCAGCCCCACAAUCGGCAAGCAAUGUUAUUCUUGCAUUGCCGAAGUUCGAAAAUGUGCUUCCUCUCUUCGUGCAGGCCAAACGACAACUCUCGGAAAUUCUGUCCGCAUUUGAGUUCUUUGACAGGGAAGUAUACGAUCUGGCGAUCAAGCAUGGACAAGGACGCGCCCUCAGCGAGGAAGAUGUCGAAGGCGCAGAAUGUUUCGUUCUCAUGGAGACCAGCGGCGGAAAGCGAGAACAUGAUGAAGAGAAAUUGAACCAGCUCUUAGAAACACUUUUUGAGUCGGACAAACCGUUGAUCAACACUGGUGUGCUGUCACAAUCACCAGCACAGUUUGCUUCCAUGUGGGCCAUUCGAGAAGGUCUUACUGAGGCUGUCUCCAAGGAGGGGAAGGCGUACAAAUACGAUAUAUCUGUGCCCUUGGCCAAGUUCAAGGAAGUCGUGGACACUACCAGGGAACACCUGGGAUCAAAAGGCCUUCUUCGUGACGACGCUGUUAAGCAUGUCGUCGGCUAUGGACAUGUAGGAGACGGUAACCUACACCUCAAUGUUGUUGCUGCUGCGUACACUCCAGAGAUAGAAGCAGCGUUGGAGCCUUUCGUAUAUGAACUAGUGGCUUCAUACAAAGGUUCUGUUUCCGCAGAGCACGGUAUAGGUGUUAUGAAAACUCAUGCGCUGCAUUAUUCCAAGAGUAAUGUAAGCAUAGAGUGGAUGAAGAGGAUCAAACAGCUCUUCGAUCCAAAGGGCAUCAUGAACCCUGGCAAAGUUCUUCCGUAGUCGUAAGAGAUGCUUCUUGGGAAUCAUUGCAUGUACCUGUACCUUGUUUAUGGACGUCUUGGCUACGCACAUGCAUAGACUUUGAAUCUCGACGUCAGAGAAUCGCAGUUGCACGCAGACUGAGAGCAAGA